GCCGCCCGGCGCCCGCACGCAACCAACCACACGGCCACUUUCGCGGUUCAGCCAUGGCCACCGCCACCGCCACCGCCGCGGCGCUCCACCCGCAGUUCCGUCCGCUCCCCCGCGCGCCUCGCCGGCUCCGGCAGUAUCCACUCUUACCCUCGGAUGCUCUCGCCAGAGGCCGCUUCCGUGCACCGGCGGCGUCGGCGUCGGCGCCGGCGCCGGCGCAGCGCGAGGCCGCGGCCGGGGGUGUCCCGUGGGGAUGCGAGAUCGAGUCCCUGGAGAGCGCCGCGUCGCUGGAGCGGUGGCUCACUGCGUCGGGGCUCCCAGAGCAGCGCUUGGCGAUACAGCGGGUGGACGUCGGAGAGCGCGGCCUCGUCGCGCUGAAGAACAUCCGCAAGGGGGAGAAGCUGCUCUUCGUGCCUCCUCCCCUCGUCAUUUCCGCUGACUCCGAAUGGGGCUGCCCUGAGGUGGGGAAUGUGAUGAAGAGAAAUUCUGUGCCGGACUGGCCGCUUCUCGCCACAUACCUUAUAAGCGAAGCAAGUUUAGAGAGUUCCUCGAGGUGGAGCAACUAUAUAGCAGCGCUGCCGAGACAACCUUACUCGCUGCUGUACUGGACUAGGGCCGAGCUAGAUGCAUACUUGGUGGCUUCGCCGAUCAGGGAACGCGCAAUUCAGAGGAUUACUGAUGUGAUUGGAACAUAUAAUGAUCUCCGUGACAGAAUAUUUUCUAAGCAUUCAUAUUUGUUCCCUGAGGAGGUUUACAACUUAGAGACAUUUAGAUGGUCCUUCGGCAUCCUCUUCUCACGCCUGGUUCGUUUGCCAUCAAUGGAUGGAAAUGUUGCGCUAGUUCCUUGGGCAGAUAUGCUAAACCAUAGCCCUGAGGUGGAAACAUUCUUGGAUUAUGAUAAAUCCUCAGGAGGAAUAGUUUUCACUACUGAUCGUUCGUAUCAACCAGGUGAGCAGGUGUUUAUAUCCUAUGGCAAGAAAUCUAGUGGUGAACUGUUGCUUUCGUAUGGUUUUGUUCCAAAAGAGGGAACAAACCCAAAUGAUUCAGUUGAGUUGUUUGUGUCUCUUAAGAAGUCUGAUGAAUGCUACAAAGAGAAGUUGCAAGCACUAAAAAGAAAUGGUCUGUCGGAGUUUGAAAGUUUCCCCUUACGAGUUACAGGAUGGCCAGUUGAGCUGAUGGCUUAUGCCUUUCUUGUGGUCAGCCCUCCUGAGAUGAGCCAACGUUUUGAAGAGAUGGCUGUCGCUGCAUCAAAUAAAAGUCCAUCCAAACCUGGGCUUAAUUAUCCUGAAUUGGAGGAACAGGCUCUUCAGUUUAUCUUAGACUGCUGUGAGUCUAAUAUAGCAAAAUAUACAAAGUUCCUAGAGGAUGGCAGUGGGUCUCCGCGACUUUCAACCAAUUCAAAGCAAGCCAACCGGACAUUACUGCUAAAACAACUAGCAAAAGAUCUUUGCAUUAGUGAACGGAGAAUCAUGUAUCGUACACAAUAUAUAUUGCGGAGGAGACUAAGGGACAUGAGAGGUGGUGAACUUAGAGCUCUGUCAUUGUUCAAUGGGCUUAGAAAGCUCUUUAAAUAGACGGAUGAAUUUGGUUUUUGAUGUUAGUGGAAGAUCUAAAAAUGAUUUAUUUCUCUAGUAACCUGAUUCUUCCUUUCCGUCUUCUUUGUUGCUGAUGAAGCUCAGAUUGUUGCGACAAAUUAGAUAAGUCUCAGCUGACAAGCAACUGGAUGCUAGAAGAGGUUACAGCUCAAUAGACGAUACCUGUGAAUUGUGAUUUGAACAGUCCAUAUCUUGUUUUAAAUGUACCACCGUACUACCGUAGCAUCACCUAGCGUCGCCUUGCGGAUCGGUUCCACGCAGCGAUGUACCACUCCCAUAGUGUACCAUCUACAAUGCACUGAUUUCUGUUUCAGGAUUUUCCCUUGUA